AUGGCAGACCACAUGAUGGCCAUGAACCACGGGCGAUUCCCCGACGGAUCCGGCGGGCUUCACCACCACCCUGCGCAUCGGAUGAGCAUGGGGCAGUUUCCCACCCCCCAUCACCACCACCAGCAGCACCCCGCGGCAAUGCUGCCGCCCAAUGUCAUAGACACUGACUUCAUCGACGAGGAGGUCCUCAUGUCCUUAGUCAUCGAAAUGGGGCUGGAUCGCAUCAAGGAGCUUCCCGAGCUGUGGUUGGGACAGAACGAGUUUGACUUCAUGACAGACUUCGUUUGCAAACAGCAGCCCAGCAGGGUGAGCUGCUGA